AGAGGGCGGUCCGGACCCAAGUCUGCAGCGGCGCCAUUGGCGUGUGGAAAAUGCCACCAGAUGGCGGGUUAGGAUUGCAGCUCCGUUGAAGGCGCGGCCCCCGCUCCCGAACCCCCGGCGACCACCUCGUAAACCCCCCCCACAUCGGGAAUAACACACCGGAGACUUUUGGGGGGAAACUAGGUCGACGGCCGGCAGCGCCCGGAUGGGCAGCUGAGGAACCCCUUUAAGAUUGUUUCAAAAGUUUUGAGUUGUACAGAACUUCAUUAUUUUGCUGUAUUGUGGAACAACAUCAACAAUGAUUACUUCAGAGUUACCAGUGUUACAGGAUUCAACUAAUGAAACUACUGCCCAUUCUGAUGCUGGCAGCGAACUUGAAGAAACAGAGGUCAAAGGAAAAAGAAAAAGGGGUCGUCCUGGCCGGCCUCCAUCUACAAAUAAGAAACCUCGAAAAUCUCCAGGGGAGAAGAGCAGAAUUGAAGCUGGAGUUAGAGGAACAGGACGUGGAAGAGCUAAUGGGCACCCUCAGCAGAAUGGUGAAGGGGAGCCUGUCACAUUAUUUGAGGUGGUGAAACUGGGGAAAAGUGCAAUGCAGUCCGUGGUGGACGACUGGAUUGAAUCAUAUAAACAAGACAGGGACAUCGCACUUCUGGAUUUAAUCAACUUUUUUAUCCAGUGUUCAGGAUGUCGAGGUACUGUGAGAAUAGAGAUGUUUCGAAAUAUGCAGAAUGCAGAAAUCAUCAGAAAAAUGACUGAAGAAUUUGAUGAGGACAGUGGUGAUUAUCCCCUUACCAUGCCUGGACCCCAGUGGAAAAAAUUUCGUUCAAACUUUUGUGAAUUUAUUGGAGUCCUGAUUCGACAGUGUCAAUAUAGCAUAAUUUAUGAUGAGUAUAUGAUGGACACAGUAAUCUCCCUUUUGACUGGUUUGUCAGACUCCCAGGUCAGAGCUUUUAGACAUACAAGUACCCUUGCUGCCAUGAAGCUCAUGACUGCUUUGGUGAAUGUUGCCUUAAACCUCAGUAUUCAUCAGGACAAUACACAGAGACAGUAUGAAGCUGAGAGAAAUAAAAUGAUUGGGAAGAGAGCCAAUGAAAGAUUGGAGUUACUACUUCAAAAACGGAAAGAGCUACAAGAAAAUCAGGAUGAAAUUGAAAAUAUGAUGAAUUCUAUUUUUAAGGGUAUAUUUGUUCAUAGAUACCGUGAUGCUAUUGCUGAGAUUAGAGCCAUUUGUAUUGAAGAGAUUGGAGUAUGGAUGAAAAUGUAUAGUGAUGCCUUCCUAAAUGACAGUUACCUAAAAUAUGUUGGCUGGACUCUUCAUGACAGGCAAGGGGAAGUCAGGCUAAAGUGUUUGAAAGCCCUACAGAGCCUAUAUACCAAUAGAGAAUUAUUCCCCAAAUUGGAGCUGUUCACUAACCGAUUCAAGGAUCGCAUUGUAUCAAUGACACUUGAUAAAGAAUAUGAUGUUGCUGUAGAAGCUAUUCGACUGGUUACUCUGAUACUUCAUGGAAGUGAAGAAGCCCUUUCUAAUGAAGACUGUGAAAAUGUUUACCAUUUGGUAUACUCAGCACAUCGUCCUGUUGCUGUGGCAGCUGGAGAGUUCCUUCACAAAAAGUUGUUUAGCAGACAUGACCCACAAGCAGAAGAAGCAUUAGCAAAGAGGAGAGGAAGGAACAGUCCUAAUGGGAACCUCAUUAGGAUGCUUGUUCUUUUUUUUCUUGAAAGUGAGUUACACGAACAUGCAGCCUACUUGGUGGACAGUUUGUGGGAGAGCUCUCAAGAACUGUUGAAAGACUGGGAAUGUAUGACAGAGUUGCUAUUAGAAGAACCUGUUCAAGGAGAGGAAGCUAUGUCUGACCGUCAAGAGAGUGCACUAAUAGAGCUAAUGGUUUGUACAAUACGUCAAGCUGCUGAAGCACAUCCUCCAGUGGGAAGAGGUACCGGCAAGAGAGUCCUAACUGCCAAAGAAAGAAAAACUCAAAUUGAUGAUAGAAACAAAUUGACUGAGCAUUUUAUUAUAACACUUCCUAUGUUGUUAUCAAAGUAUUCUGCAGAUGCGGAAAAGGUAGCAAACUUGCUACAAAUUCCACAGUAUUUUGAUCUAGAAAUCUACAGCACAGGUAGAAUGGAAAAGCAUCUGGAUGCUUUGUUAAAACAGAUUAAAUUUGUUGUGGAGAAACAUGUAGAAUCAGAUGUUCUAGAAGCCUGCAGUAAAACCUAUAGCAUCUUAUGCAGUGAAGAAUAUACCAUCCAGAACAGAGUUGACAUAGCUCGGAGCCAGCUGAUUGAUGAGUUUGUAGACCGGUUCAAUCAUUCUGUGGAAGACCUGUUGCAAGAGGGUGAAGAAGCUGAUGAUGAUGAUAUUUACAAUGUUCUAUCCACCUUAAAGCGAUUAACUUCUUUCCAUAAUGCUCAUGAUCUCACAAAAUGGGAUCUGUUUGGUAAUUGCUACAGAUUAUUGAAGACUGGAAUUGAACAUGGAGCUAUGCCAGAACAGAUAGUCGUACAGGCACUGCAAUGUUCCCAUUACUCGAUUCUUUGGCAGUUGGUGAAAAUUACUGAUGGUUCUCCUUCCAAAGAGGAUUUGUUGGUAUUGCGGAAAACAGUGAAAUCCUUUUUGGCUGUUUGCCAACAGUGCCUAUCUAAUGUUAAUACUCCAGUGAAAGAACAGGCUUUCAUGUUACUCUGUGAUCUAUUGAUGAUUUUUAGCCACCAGUUAAUGACAGGUGGCAGAGAGGGCCUUCAGCCUUUGGUGUUUAAUCCAGAUACAGGACUUCAGUCUGAACUGCUGAGUUUCGUGAUGGAUCAUGUUUUCAUUGACCAGGAUGAGGAGAAUCAGAGCAUGGAGGGUGAUGAAGAAGAUGAAGCUAAUAAAAUCGAGGCCUUACAUAAAAGAAGGAAUCUACUUGCUGCCUUCAGCAAACUUAUCAUUUAUGAUAUUGUUGACAUGCAUGCAGCUGCAGACAUCUUUAAACACUACAUGAAGUAUUACAAUGACUACGGUGAUAUUAUUAAGGAAACACUAAGUAAAACCCGGCAGAUUGAUAAAAUUCAGUGUGCCAAGACUCUCAUUCUCAGUUUGCAGCAGUUGUUUAAUGAACUUGUUCAAGAGCAAGGUCCCAACCUCGACAGGACAUCUGCCCAUGUCAGUGGCAUUAAAGAAUUGGCUCGGCGCUUUGCUCUUACAUUUGGACUGGACCAAAUCAAGACACGAGAAGCAGUCGCCACCCUUCACAAGGAUGGCAUAGAGUUUGCCUUUAAAUACCAGAAUCAGAAAGGACAAGAAUAUCCACCUCCUAACCUGGCUUUUCUUGAAGUACUAAGUGAAUUUUCUUCUAAACUUCUCCGACAGGACAAAAAGACUGUUCAUUCAUACCUAGAGAAAUUCCUUACUGAGCAGAUGAUGGAAAGGAGGGAAGAUGUGUGGCUUCCACUCAUCUCCUACAGAAAUUCAUUAGUCACUGGGGGUGAAGAUGAUAGAAUGUCUGUGAACAGUGGAAGCAGCAGCAGCAAAACUUCCUCAGUAAGAAAUAAGAAAGGACGACCUCCACUUCACAAAAAAAGAGUAGAAGAUGAAAGUCUGGAUAACACAUGGCUAAACAGAACAGACACCAUGAUUCAGACUCCUGGCCCCCUGCCAGCCCCACAGCUUACUUCCACUGUGCUGCGAGACAAUAGCCGGCCCUUGGGAGAACAGAUUCAAGAACCUGAGUCUGAACAUGGUUCUGAACCAGACUUUUUACACAAUCCACAGAUGCAGAUCUCUUGGUUAGGCCAGCCGAAGUUAGAAGACCUGAAUCGGAAGGACAGAACAGGAAUGAACUACAUGAAAGUGAGAACUGGAGUAAGGCAUGCUGUUCGGGGUCUAAUGGAAGAAGAUGCUGAGCCCAUCUUUGAAGAUGUGAUGAUGUCAUCCCGAAGCCAAUUAGAAGAUAUGAAUGAAGAAUUUGAAGACACCAUGGUUAUUGAUCUGCCUCCAUCAAGAAAUCGGCGAGAGAGAGCUGAACUGAGGCCAGACUUCUUUGACUCUGCAGCUAUCAUAGAAGAUGAUUCAGGAUUUGGAAUGCCUAUGUUCUGAAAUCUAAAGAAAAUUUACAAAUCUGGAACUCUAUUAUUUAGAGCUAGAGGCCUAUAUACUGUGAUAGCUUCUAUGGGGAAAAAACACUUUUGAUGUGAUCUGAUUUGUUUUUUAAUCAAAUGAUUAAGGUCAAUCCCUUUUUGCAGUGUGACAGAGAAGAGGAGCAUGUAAAUUACCCAAGGAAGUGUUGGUGAAUGUCACCUCAUAAAGACUGAUCCAAAAAAUCAUUUGUGUCCUAAUAUUGGACUUAUCUCAGUACAGAUGUGUGUUUUUCUGGAGGGAGGAAGAAAUUUUAAAUUUUUAAAACAACUGUCAAGAUAAAAACACUGUUAUACACCUGUUUUAUGAAAACUCAACAUUGAGUAAAAAAAAUAUUUUUAACUUUAUUUUCCUGUUGUACAAUUUAAAAACCGUUUUAACAUUUUGCCUUUUUAUGUUUUAAAAGCUAACCAUUUUUAUUAAACCUAUGAGUAAGCAGCUUAUCCUAAUUGCCGAAGAGUGUUUUUGGAGCUCACUGGAUUUGGUUGACCUUGUGAACACAGAAACAUGAAAGAACAGAACACUGACAAGCUAAGAUGAAAUUUUGACAUCGUGCAUCUCUGCCAAAAACCACACACCCUCUGUGAAUAUGGAUAUGAAUUCCCAGAUUUUAUAUACUCUUGAAUAAAAAGGUUUAUUUUUAUUUAUAAGUGGGCAUAAAAUAAGAAAUGUCCAUGCAGCCAUUUUUCCAACAGAUGCUGUACACCAUUCAUUUUAUAUAGAAUAGGGAGAUUCAAAUACAGUGCAUUUUCUAUUGGUAUUUGUUCUGUGCAUUUUUAGCAACUUCUACCAGCAAAUAAAGUAUUCUCAGUAAAAUAAAACUGGUUCUCAAGUUAUCAGUUCGCUGUUUUUACCACUUAUAUUUCAUGCCCUGCCAAAUUCAGGCUACACAGAUUUCCAUUUUCUUACAAAGAUAAUCAUGAGGAAAUCCUCUAACAUUCAAAAGUAAUUUAAGUGUAACAUAACUGUGUCUACUUCCCAUGCACUUAAUGCCCUUAUUCGCUAAUUUUGUGAAUUAAGUUUGCCAAUUAUAGAAGUAUGUGCCGCAUAUAAGUCUGUGCUUUAGAGGAUGAAGUUCCUAAGCUUACCUUGAAAUACAGCUUACAUUUCAGUGUUAAAUGUGCAUAGAAGAAUAAUUCUUUGGGGGUAAGAAAUUAUGAAUCUUCAGGAACAGUCUUCAAUGGUUUAGAGAUACAGUCUGCUUAGGUUUUUUUUUUUUUUUUAAGACUUGCUGCUAUUGUUAUAAAAGCCCAUAUAGUUUCUUCCUAAUUUUUAAUGUUAAGUCU